UGCACAGUGACUUGUGGCAGAGGGUUACGUUACCGGGUUGUUCUGUGUAUCAACCAUCGUGGACAGCACGUUGGGGGCUGCAAUCCACAACUGAAGCUACACAUCAAAGAAGAAUGUGUCAUUCCCAUCCCGUGUUAUAAACCAAAAGAAAAAAGUCCAGUGGAAGCUAAAUUAUCUUGGCUGAAACAAGCACAAGAACUAGAAGAGACCAGAAUAGCAACAGAAGAACCAACGUUCAUUCCGGAACCCUGGUCAGCCUGCAGUACCACGUGUGGGCCAGGCAUUCAGGUCCGGGAGGUGAAGUGCCGUGUGCUGCUCACGUUCACACAGACAGAGACCGAGCUGCCCGAGGAAGAGUGUGAAGGCCCUAAGCUGCCCACGGAGCGGCCCUGCCUUCUUGAAGCCUGUGAUGAGAGCCCAGUCUCCCGAGAGCUGGAUGUUCCUUUCCAUGAGGACAGCGACAUGACUUACGACUGGGAGUAUGCUGGAUUUACCCCUUGCACAGCAACAUGUUUGGGAGGCCAUCAAGAAGCCAUAGCAGUGUGCUUACACAUCCAGACCCAGCAGACAGUCAAUGACAGCUUGUGUGAUAUGGUACACCGCCCUCCAGCAAUGAGCCAGGCCUGUAACACGGAGCCCUGUCCCCCCAGGUGGCACCUGGGCUCUUGGGGCCCCUGCUCAGCUACCUGUGGUGUUGGAAUCCAGACCCGAGAUGUAUACUGCUUGCACCCAGGGGAGUCCCCUGCCCUUCCUGAGGAGUGCCGAGAUGAAAAGCCCCAUGCCUUACAAGCAUGCAAUCAGUUCGAUUGCCCUCCUGGCUGGCACAUUGAAGAAUGGCAGCAGUGUUCCAGGACGUGUGGUGGGGGAACUCAGAAUCGGAGAGUCACCUGUCGGCAGCUGCUGACGGAUGGCAGCUUUUUGAAUCUCUCAGAUGAAUUGUGCCAAGGACCCAAGGCAUCGUCUCACAAGUCCUGUGCCAGGACAGACUGUCCUCCACAUUUAGCUGUGGGAGACUGGUCGAAGUGUUCUGUUAGUUGUGGUGUUGGAAUCCAGAAAAGAAAGCAGGUGUGUCAGAGGCUAACAGCCAAAGGCCGGCGCAUUCCCCUCAGCGAGAUGAUGUGCAGGGAUCUACCAGCGCUCCCUCUUGUAAGAUCUUGCCAGAUGCCUGCGUGCAGUAAGAUAAAACCAGGAAUGAAGACAAAACUUGGUGAGCAGGGGCCUCAGAUCCUUAGUGUCCAGAGAGUCUACAUUCAGACACGGGAAGAGAAGCGUAUUAACCUGACCAUUGGGAGCAGAGCCUAUUUGCUGCCCAAUACAUCUGUGAUUAUUAAGUGCCCAGUGCGGCGAUUCCAGAAAUCUCUGAUCCAGUGGGAGAAAGAUGACCGUUGCCUGCAGAAUUCCAAACGGCUUGGCAUCACCAAGUCAGGUUCACUAAAAAUCCACAGUCUUGCCGCCCCUGACAUCGGUGUGUACCGAUGCAUUGCAGGCUCUGCACAGGAAACAGUUGUGCUCAAACUCAUUGGCACUGACAACCGACUCAUUGCACACCCAGCCCUCAGAGAGCACAUGCGGGAAUACCCUGGAAUGGACCACAAUGAAGCCAACAGUUUAGGAAUCACAUGGCAUAAAAUGCGGCAAAUAUGGAAUAACAAAAAUGAGCUUUAUCUAGAGGAUGGUCACAGUAAGAACCAAUCCUUCUUGAGAGCUCUGUUAGGUCACUGCAGCAAUUCUGCAGGAAACACCAACUCCUGGGAGUUUAAGAAUAAGCAAUUUGAGGCAGCAAUUAAACAGGGAGCAUAUAGCAUGGAUACAGCCCAGUUUGACGAGCUGAUACGAAACAUGAGCCAGCUCAUGGAAACUGGAGAGGUCAGCGAUGAUCUUGCGUCCCAGGUGAUAUAUCAGCUGGUGGCCGAGUUAGCUAAGGCACAACCAACACAUAUGCAAUGGAGGGGCAUCCAGGAAGAGGUGCCUCCUGCUGCUCUGCUCAGGGGGGAUACAGGAAGUGUGCCCCAAAAUUUGGAUGCAAAAAACUCAGGCAAGCUGACAUUCAAGCCAAAGAGACCUGUUCUCAGGAGGCAAAGCCAUCCUCCCUCAAUUUCAUUUAAUAAAACAAUAAAUUCAAGGAUUGGAAAUACAGUGUACAUUACAAAAAGAACAGAGGUCAUCAAUAUACUAUGUGACCUUAUUACCCCCAGUGAGGCAACAUAUACGUGGACCAAGGAUGCAGCCUUGUUACAGCCCUCAGUAAAAAUAAUUUUGGAUGGAACUGGGAAGCUGCAGAUACGGAAUCCUACAAGGAAAGAGCAAGGAAUAUAUGAAUGUUCUGUAGCUAAUCACCUUGGUUCAGAUGUGGAAAGCUCUUCUGUGCUGUAUGCAGAGGCACCUGUCAUCUUGUCUAUUGAAAGAAAUAUCACCAAACCGGAGCAUAAUGAUCUGUCUGUCAUGGUUGGAGGCACCGUGGAGGCAGCCCUUGGAGCAAAUGUGACAAUCCAAUGUCCUGUAAAAGGUGUUCCUCUGCCUAAUAUAACUUGGUUGAAGAGAGGAGGACCUCUGAAUGACAAUGUUUCCUUGCUUUUCAAUGGAUCCCUGUUGUUGCAGAACAUUUCCCUUGAAAAUGAAGGAACCUAUGUCUGCACAGCCACCAAUGCUCUUGGAAAGGCACUGGCAACAUCUGUACUCCACUUGCUAGAACGAAGAUGGCCAGAGAGUAAAAUUGUAUUUCCCAAGGGACAUAAAAAGCAUGUUCUCCAGGCAUUCAACGCUGGAACCAACGGCAAUGACCCAAUAGGAGAACCCCUGCCUCGAGAGCCUUUUUGGGAGCCUGGUAACUGGUCACAGUGUUCUGCCACCUGUGGCCACUUGGGAGCCCGCAUUCAGAGACCCCACUGUGUGAUGGCCAAUGGGCAGGAAGUGAGUGAGGUCCUCUGUGGCCACCGUCAGAAGCCACGGGCUGGGUUUCAGCCCUGUAACAUCCGGGACUGCCCCGCGAGGUGGUUCACAAAUGUGUGGUCAGAGUGCUCUGUGUCUUGUGGUGAAGGAUUUCACAGUCGGCAAGUGACAUGCAAGCAGACAAAAGCCAAUGGAACUGUGCAGGUGGUGUCUCCAAGGGCCUGUGCCCCUAAAGACCGGCCUCUGGGAAGGAAGCCAUGUUCAAGUCCUCCAUGUGUUCAGUGGGAACCAGAGAGCCAGUGUCCUGGUCGCUGCAUGGGCCGUGCCAUGAGGAUGCAGCCACGUCACACAGCCUGUCAACACAACAGCUCUGACUCCAACUGUAAUGACAAGAGGAGGUAA